AUGCACCCACCCAAAGGAAAAAAAACUCUAGCAACACACACUAAACUGAGCAUGUACAGAGUGUUUUCUAGAGCUCUGUAUUGUCAGCGGAAGGAUUGGGGACAGUAGAAGAAGGGGAAGAUCAGAGAAGACAGGAUCAAACAGCCUUUUAACACAAUGCGGAGGAUUAACCCUUUAGGUUCCACAGUGAAUAUAACAAGCAUGCUUUACUGCAUAUACAGAGGGCGGACUGAGAACUCAUGGGGCCCCCGGGCAAUAGCGGAUCAUGGGGCCCCUGUGCCCUUGCCCAAACUCAAAAAAGCCUAU